AAGGAGAAUAGAAGGAUGUUACAGUGUCUUUACACGCAGCGUCGGUGGGCGCACCGCAGGGGCGGCUUCGUCACCGGCGGCACCGGAUGGUCGCAGAAAGCCGGCCCCGUGGGCUUUAUGGGUGCGAAGAAGUCGGAGUGGUGGGCGGUGGACGGCGAGCUGCACGAGGUCGGGGAGGGCGUACCGCAUCGCGAGCGCUUCGCUAUCCCGCGCGACAACCUCCCGAACCGCCGCCGCAAGCAGAUGCGUCAGCAGUUCAUGCGCCGCACGCGCCUCGUCCUCAAGGACUCGGAACAUGAAACUUGGUGCAAAAAAUAUAUGGAAAUGUACCAAGAACUUAGAGAGAACUGGGAACGGUUGUACUGGGAUGAAGGUUAUACAAAAAAGAUUGCUGAAGAUCGCACUAAUUAUGACUCUGCUGAAGAAGAUGAUCUAGACUUUUCACCAUACAGCAGGAGAAGGAGCUCCAGCGUAGAGCCAAACAAGGACUUCAGUUCUGGGGGUAGCAGACAGGGUGGAACAUGGGAAAGUGUUACUCAAAUUCGUGACAAGUUCGAGUACGACAGAGAAAGGAGAAUGAGAGAACGAGCAUUUGCUCCCAUGAAUAUGGAAAACAAUUUUGGCCAGCAUAAUUCGAAACACAACCCUGGUCCACAUGGUGGUGAUUUCGUGAGUCAAACUGGUCGGAGCUUUCAACUUGACCUAAGUUCCAGAAAUCAGCAUGAUUCUAAUGCCCGAAACAUAUCAAGUUUCAGAAAUCAGCAUGAUUCUAAUGCCCGAAACAUAUCAAGUUUCAGAAAUCAGCAUGAUUCUAAUGCCCGAAACAUAUCAAGUUUCGGAAAUCAGCAAUAUCCAAAUUCCUGAAACCAAUAAAUGGUUUGUGGACCACACAUUCUAGCCAGGAUCUUGCAUUGUGCGUAGACAGAAAGGUGUUCCAUGAUUACUCGAGUGCUUUAUGUUCACUGAUUUUGCACCUCUGGAAUGAAAAUGAGAAGGGAUGAGAUGUGAAAACUGCAUUUAUGUUCCUGAGUGUAGUAUGAGCACUGUUGUUCAUCCUUUUCUCAAGAAGUGGAGUGUAAUUUUUUUUUUGUCGCUGCCCCUUGCCCACUGCUUUUAUUAAUCCAAAAUGCUGAUUGUGAAGAGAAUUGCCA